GCCAACUAUUAUUCUUUUAUUUGCUUUGGGCCCAUAAGAUUUUUGGUAUCUUUCUUCCUAGUAUGCUUUAGCUGUAUACAAUUAAUUAGAAGAAGGCAACACUUUCUGGAGAUUACACAGGGAUUAGGUCUGGAUGGAUUACAUAAUUGGGUUAUAGGUCCAGGCUCUGUUUUGUUGGUCUUCAGUAUUGAUGAAUUAUUGUAGGUAAAUGGAAAUUCAUCAGACACAGCCUGCCAUAAAUUGGAAUACAGAUCAUUAUUUAUGAAGGAAGACGAAACCAGAAUCACAGGUUCUGACAGUAAACUAUUGAGAGGCAUCUGCGAAUACAAUAUUGGGCUUAAAGCAAGGCCCACUGGGCUGAAUCAACUUGCGAUCCUCACCCGACCCGCAAUCAUAGUCCAUGGCUUCUCGGAUUAUUGGAUCCGGAACUGAUGGCUUGGCAACACACCAAACACCGAACUGAGGCUGCUUAUGUGGUGGUGGUGGGAAGUGAACAACUGCAGGUGGUUGAUAUGUUGUCGGGCUUCGAUGGGCUUGGAACAGGGUUUCUUAGUUUUAUUGGGCUAUUAGUUAUUUGGGUUACCUUUGAUAGAUCGGCCCAAUAGGCCAAUACAAUUUCGUGGGUUUCAGGAAAGUAAGUUUGGGUUACUUAUUUUCAGGAGGCCGAAUAGGAAAAAGAACAAUAAUUGGGCUUGGGUCAUCUCGGAGUUCAAUGGGCUCAACCAUGAGAAGUUUCGGUUCUGAGUAAAGUUUGGGCUACCUUAUUAUCAUUGGGCUUUUAAUAAAAUAUUCUGGGCUCCAAUUUGGGUUUUCAGGUCUUUGGAGGCCCAUAUCACAGACAGGCGCAGAGUUUUUCUUGCCGGAGAGGUUAGUCGAAAAUCGAAUAAAGAGUGCUUUCUUGCUGCGCUUAGCCUGUCAGAUUCAAGAGCUUCAGCAGAGACAUCUCUUGCUUUCAUUACUCCAUUUCUCCAGAGUUAUAACUAAUUAUGUCUAGAAGGUAUGAUAGCCGUACGACGAUCUUCUCCCCAGAAGGUCGUCUCUAUCAAGUUGAGUAUGCAAUGGAGGCCAUUGGCAAUGCUGGUUCCGCAAUUGGAAUAUUAUCGAAAGACGGGGUUGUGUUGGUCGGUGAAAAGAAGGUAACUUCCAAGCUGCUGCAAACCUCAACUUCCACUGAGAAGAUGUACAAGAUUGAUGAUCAUGUUGCUUGUGCCGUGGCUGGAAUAAUGUCUGAUGCGAACAUCCUUAUCAACACUGCUAGAGUCCAAGCCCAGCGCUAUACAUUUGCAUACCAGGAGCCAAUGCCUGUUGAGCAGCUGGUUCAAUCGCUUUGUGAUACGAAGCAAGGAUACACUCAGUUUGGUGGUCUCCGCCCCUUUGGUGUUUCAUUCCUGUUUGCUGGAUGGGACAAAAAUUAUGGUUUCCAGCUUUACAUGAGUGAUCCUAGUGGUAACUACGGUGGUUGGAAAGCUGCUGCAAUUGGUGCAAACAACCAGGCAGCACAGUCAAUGCUUAAACAAGAUUACAAGGAUGAGAUCACAAGAGAAGAGGCUGUCCAGCUUGCACUGAAGGUACUCAGCAAGACCAUGGACAGCACAAGUCUCACCUCCGAUAAACUUGAGCUGGCUGAAGUUUUCCUCUCUCCUUCUGGACAUGUCAAGUACCAAGUCUGCUCACCUGACUCUCUGAGUGAGUUAUUGGUUAAGCAUGGAGUGACUCAACCAGCCCCCGAGGCUUCCUGAGCUAAGUUUUCUAGUAUUUUCUAUACAUUAAAGUUAGAGAAAGCCUAGGCCAGCUUUGUCUUCUCAUUGCAUGUGGAAUUUCAAAACCUGUUGUUUGAUAAUGAUAAUUUCAGAUGCGGAUGAUGCUUUAUGUGAUUUCAUUUCGGAGCCUUUUGUUAUAAUAUUACUCUCUCCUGAUUCAUGGGUUGUUCUGGCAUGGAAACUUU